AGGCUCGGCGGUUGCCGGACGGGGCGGACGGCGGCUCCCGGCGCAGCCCGGCUCCCGGCGGGAGCAGCGAGGGGGCGCCAUGGCCGACGUGUUCCCGGCCCACGAGCCCGGCGCGGCCCCGGACGUGGUGCAGCGCUUCGCUCGCAAGGGAGCCCUGAGGCAGAAGAACGUGCACGAGGUGAAGGAGCAUAAAUUCACCGCGCGCUUCUUCAAGCAGCCCACGUUCUGCAGCCACUGCACCGACUUCAUCUGGGGAUUUGGGAAACAAGGAUUUCAGUGCCAAGUUUGCUGCUUUGUGGUUCACAAGAGGUGCCAUGAAUUUGUUACCUUUUCUUGUCCCGGUGCAGACAAAGGGCCUGACACUGAUGAUCCCAGAAGCAAACAUAAGUUUAAAAUCCACACAUAUGGAAGCCCGACAUUCUGUGACCAUUGUGGGUCAUUGCUGUAUGGACUUCUACAUCAAGGGAUGAAAUGUGACACUUGCGAUAUGAAUGUUCACAAACAGUGUGUAAUAAACGUCCCAAGUCUGUGUGGAAUGGAUCACACAGAGAAAAGAGGAAGGAUUUAUCUGAAAGUUGAAGUCAGUGGUGACAAACUGCAAGUCACAGUACGAGAAGCAAAAAACUUAAUCCCUAUGGAUCCAAACGGACUUUCAGAUCCGUAUGUGAAGCUGAAACUUAUCCCUGACCCUAAGAAUGAAAGUAAACAAAAAACAAAAACUAUCCGUUCCACUCUAAACCCACAUUGGAAUGAGUCAUUUACAUUUAAAUUGAAACCUACGGACAAAGAUCGACGAUUAUCUAUAGAAGUUUGGGACUGGGAUCGAACAACUAGAAAUGAUUUCAUGGGAUCUCUAUCAUUUGGGGUGUCAGAGCUUAUGAAAAUGCCAGCAUGUGGAUGGUACAAGUUGCUUAAUCAAGAAGAAGGUGAAUACUACAAUGUCCCAAUUCCAGAAGCUGAUGAUGAUGGAAAUGUAGAACUCAGACAGAAGUUUGAGAAAGCCAGACUUGGGCCAGCUGGUAACAAAGUCAUUACUCCAAUAGAAGACAGGAUUUCCAAUAUACCAUCCAACAACCUGGACAGUGUGAAGCUGACAGAUUUCAACUUUCUCAUGGUGCUUGGGAAGGGGAGCUUUGGAAAGGUGAUGCUGGCAGACAGGAAGGGGACAGAGGAGCUGUACGCAGUCAAAAUAUUGAAAAAAGAUGUGGUGAUUCAGGAUGAUGAUGUGGAAUGUACCAUGGUUGAAAAACGAGUACUAGCGCUCCAGGAUAAGCCACCUUUCCUAACCCAGCUGCAUUCUUGCUUCCAAACAGUUGAUCGUCUGUACUUUGUUAUGGAGUAUGUGAAUGGUGGUGACCUCAUGUAUCACAUUCAGCAAGUAGGAAAAUUUAAGGAGCCACAGGCAGUGUUUUAUGCAGCUGAGAUUUCAAUUGGGCUAUUCUUUCUCCAUAAAAGAGGAAUUGUUUAUAGAGAUCUGAAAUUAGAUAAUGUGAUGUUGGAUUCAGAAGGACACAUAAAGAUUGCAGAUUUUGGGAUGUGCAAAGAACAUAUGGCAGAUGGCGUAACAACUAGGACAUUCUGCGGCACUCCAGACUACAUUGCACCAGAGAUUAUUGCUUAUCAGCCCUACGGAAAAUCAGUAGAUUGGUGGGCCUACGGCGUGCUGUUAUAUGAGAUGCUAGCUGGCCAGCCUCCAUUUGAUGGGGAGGAUGAAGAUGAACUCUUCCAGUCCAUAAUGGAGCAUAAUGUGUCCUAUCCUAAAUCGUUGUCCAAAGAAGCUGUUUCUAUCUGCAAAGGGUUAAUGACAAAACACCCUGCAAAAAGGCUUGGCUGUGGGCCUGAGGGAGAGCAAGAUGUCAGGGAGCAUGCAUUCUUCAGGAGAAUCGACUGGGAGAAACUGGAGAACAGAGAGAUUCAGCCACCAUUCAAGCCUAAAGUGUGUGGCAAAGGUGCUGAAAACUUCGACAAAUUCUUUACUCGAGGACAACCAGUGUUAACACCGCCUGAUCAGCUGGUCAUUUCUAACAUAGACCAAACAGAUUUUGAAGGGUUCUCCUAUGUCAACCCACAGUUUGUACACCCAAGCUUACUAAGUGUAGUAUGAAGCUGAUAGACAUGAACAAACCACACAGUGGAAAAUGGACCUUUGCCCUAGAAUUUUUAGGCCUUUGCCUUGUUGGUUUCAGUUGGGCCUGGAAAUUGUAGAGUAAAAAGUUCAGGAGGAGGGGGAGGGAAAAGGACACUCAUUCAGGAUUUGGCUUUGCAACAAAGAGAAGUUGUCUUAGUAGGAGCUCAUGUAAUAGACAGUGCCCAUUUAUUCACACUACUGGCUGUAGGGUUACUCUUAUGAAGUCAGCCAUUUUUGGUCUAUUUUAAUAUAUUUGCAUAGUUUCUAUUGACCUUUUCCAAUUCCCCUCCAGCACUGGAAAAGCAUAUUAGAAAGAAUGAAACAGCAUCAAGUAGACUGGAAAAAAAAAAGCAACCCCCCUUAAAAUGGAAAGUCUUCAGCCCUUAAAUGUGGAUAGCAUGGAAUGUGAGCCCUCGGCCCUGAGGGACUACUCUUCCUUUUGGUCUUCCUGAAGAAACAGCACAAGUGACUGGAAGGGAGGGGCAGCUGGGGGGCGGGGAGGAGCACUGUGUAAGAUUGCUCAAAGCAAGAUGUGUCAAAACUACUGCUUUUAGGUACCAGGUUGGUUUUUUUAAGGAAAUAAAGUCGGACUCUUGGGCUCUGAGACUCACUUGCAGACACAAAUUUAAACAGAUUUUCAAUAGCAGCCAGAUAUUUAGGACUGAUGGUAACUAGCGCGCAGGGCAAAUAUUAGCUCAAGGAUAAAAUUGCAUAAUUAAUAGUAAUAAAAAUAAUAAUACUUAUGUUAACUUUAAUCUCCAUGAGAUUAUUCUGUGAUCCAGGGUGCCAUUGUUAGUUAUAUUAAUUUAAUUUACACCACUACUCAAGUUCAUUGUUAGCCAGUUCUAUUAAUACCAAUAUUUUGCUAUAAAACUUUUGUUAACCAGAGUGUGAAACAGAACUGUAACCCCUUACAACCCACUCACGCUUAUUCAUUUAGUAGGCUGCAGAACAGGGUAGUAGAGGAGAGCACUGUGUGCAGUUAGUUAAUGACAGUGCGGAGUUCAGAGUCACUUCCUGCUUUCCCCAGGGUAACUUAGAAAAAUAUGAGGGUUUUUUGGUUUAAAUUCCACUUUAAAUAUUGGUUAAAAACCUGUGGAGCUGUAGAACUGAAAUAAAAAGCAGUUAAAAAUUGUUUUAUUGGUAGAAGGGAAUUUAAUACAUUUUGCAGAUGCUUCAUGCAAUGAAUUUUGCAUGUUUAAUAAUAACCCUUAAUAAGCAAAUCUCUAUUAUUGACAUAAUCGUAUCAAGUAUAGAGUAUUAAAAAAAUUAUAAGACAAAAUUGUGCUAUGUUUGUGAAGGUUCUUGUUCUAAAUGAGCAUUAUUAUUUAGAUUUAGCUUAAUGUUUUCUUGCUAAUUUUUUUCUGUUUUUGUUUUGUUUUUUUUAGUUUAUGGAUAUGGUCAAUGGAAUAGGAUAUGCUAUUUUUCUUUUAAAUGUAGAUCUAUUUUUAAACAGUAAUGGCUACUUGCAGGUUUUAUACAAGAUUCAAUGAUGCUUCUCUUUCACAUCUAUUACUUGCAAAAAAGAAAAUAGAUUUUCUUUAUUUGCAGUGAUGAACACUGUAAUUAAUGCAGUCUUCUCUUGUAGCAAUCACCUGGUUAAAAUGAUUGUUAUUUCCUUUUAGAUCUUACUAGAAGAUAUUGAUUCAAAGAUCAGUAAAUACUUUUGUGCAUAUUUUGGUUCCAUGAUGGCACGUAAAUUGGUAUAGUCAUUUCCUUUUCCUUUUGCCUCGCUAAUGUUAGCGAUCUUAGACAUAUUUUGCCUUCCGGAUGUGUAUGUCAGUGCCAGAAGCAUGUUGUCUCUUUUGCUGCAUGCAGAGUGAUCUACCGUUUUUUUCCCCAGCAUGUAAACUUACUCUCACGCAAAGUAAAAUAUUUCCCAUAAAAUACUUAUGAACGAAUCAGAAUCUGUAACGAAGGGUGCAAUUUCCUUAACAUCAGUUUUCUAUUACAAUAGAUCAUCUAAACUGUGCCAAAAUACUGUGGAAGGGCACAAUCCUGUAAACUGUUACUCAUAUGACUAUUCCUUACCUCCUUGAGCAAUCUCACAGAUUGCAGUGGAGUUAUGUCUGGGUGAAAUUCAGCCAUGUGCAGACGGCCAGUAUAAAGCUUAUGUAUCUCUUCUAUUCUCAAAAGUUGAGGGUGUCAGUGGUGCAUAGUCCUCAUGACUUGUGCUGAUCUUUUGCACAGGAAUGGAUUUCACCCACAGAUACUCCUAUUGCAAUCUCUGGGACCACUCUCAUAAGAAAAGGUCUACUCAUGUGAGUAUGAGUUUUUGGGAUCAAGCUCAAAGUGAAUGAGUAAUCCUGGGCUACUGGUAAAAUGGAACAUUUCUGAGAUCUUAGAGAAGCACACUGCAAAUGAGGAGCACUAUAAACAAACCAGAGCUCAAGCUAUUGCUGAACUACAGAAACUUUCAAACAAAUUUCAAAACAAAAUUUAAAAUUAUUUUAGGAAUAAUAAUUUAAAACAAAAUCUGUGUCAAAAUAUUAAGUUAUCUGCCAAACCUGAGAAUGAAUUGUCUUGUUUGUGUAUCAUAUAUAUCUUUAAAAACAUGGGUAUGCAACAUAAAGUAUGUGGACAUCUGUAUAAUUUCAUGACCUUCUACAUUAUUCUAAUCUACUAGCAUUGACUCCUGACACAGGGUAGGGACAGCAAGGCAUCAAGCCACAUUUUGAUGAUGGGUUCAGUAGAUUACUUCAGAGGCUCAGAUUUAGAAUAAGGGGCUGUUAACAUCACAGCCACCGAUAUUGACAGGAGCUGUCAUUAAAUGUACUCUAGGGGUACAUCUGCCCUGCAAUAAAAAACCUCCGGCACCUAGUCUCAGAGCCUGGUCAACUGAAUUGGGCUCAUGGUGUGCAGGGCUACAAAUUCCAGUGCAGGUGUUCAGGGUCGGGCUUGUGCCUGGUCUCUGAGACCCUCCACCCUUGCGAGGCUUCGGAGCCAUGGCUGCAGCCCAAGGCCAAAGAUCUAUACUGCAAUUUUUAACCCCACAGCCCGAGUCCUACAAGCCUAAGUCAGCUGACUCGGGCCAGUCAUGGCUGAGCCAGUAGUCUUUUAUUGCAGUGUUGGUGUACCCUUGGAGUAUGAUGUUGGGUGUUAGGUAACGGAGAGACUUUGAAAAGGAAAAAUAGAAAAGGAUAGCAGAGCACAGGAGAUUUAGAGAUGAGAGAAGCCGCUGGGGAGAAAUGGAACAGAGCCAAGCUGGACAGGAGAUUGGUAGACAAGAUAUGGAACUUCUGUUUUCCUUACGUGAUAUCAGUGGUGAAGUGGAGCUAUGGAAUUCAUAAGUUGUAGACCCACAUUUUAAAUGUUAAACAGUACUGUGCCUACUGGGGCAUAGCAUUAAAGGGCUGGUCCAACAUCCAAACCUCAAAAAGAUUUGCUUUUGUUCAUUUCCUCAAGAUUUUUCAUUUUUAUUUUCUUAAGCAUUUGCACAUGCUCUGCAGUUGGUAAGGUUAAAAACAGGAAGUCAUCUCUGAUCGUGUUACCUCAAAGUUCCUGUGAUUGGGACCUCUCCUGUCUUCUUGUGUAAGUUUUUGUAAUGCUAAAAAGGGGUACUGUGAACUCGCCCAUCCUGCAAGAAUAAGGCAAUAUUGUGCAGAACUGUCUAAAAGUGACUGUCUAGACAAGUUAUCGUUAAUUUACUAUACCUUACUCAUGAGGUUUCAUAUGAGCCCUGAUGUUAGGACCAGCCCUUUACACACAAUUUAAAAGGCACAUCCAGUGAUUUCCUUAUGAUUUGGAAAUGCAUUAUAGAAAGUAAAACCCUAAGUGUACAGCAAAAGUGUUCCUAAUGCCAUUUUAAUACAGCUGUUGUUUAUUUAUCAGAUAUCUAUAUACAGGUGUGGCUGUCCAGAGAACUUUGGUUAACAUGAGUAGUCAACAUUAAAAUGACCUCAUUUAAGUUAGAACCUUUCCCGUUGAGGCGACAAAACCCCCUGAUAUCAUGAGUUUGUAAAACUAGAACUGACAUUUUGUUGCAUUAAUAUUUAGGUCAAAGUUUUAAGAGCCUGAUUUUAUAAGUCCCUGAAUGGACUCUGCUCCUGUUGACUUCUGAAGGAGUUGAGUGCCCCGGACCCCCAUGAUUAGGUAAUAUUGACACUAUGCUGCAGCAGUUGUAGGUGCCUGUUGGAGAUUAAUUGGGCUGAGGGCCGAUAAAUGUAGAGAUGUCCCAAAGAGGUUGUUAAAAUCUCAAUUCAUAGGGAAUUUUAACUAUUGAGAAAAAGUUUUGGCUUCAGGCUGCUAAUCUGAAACUGCUUGCGAUUGACCAUGUUCCAUUUUUCCCCUAAAAAAAACCCCCCCAAUCAACUGCAUAUUUUUAAAACGAGUGUGUUUUUAAAAAAGAAAUUAUAAGUAACAUAUCUCUACAUAAUGUGUUAGAAACACUCUCUGUAGAUGCAAAACUCUGUCCAUUUCCCAGGUUGAGGCAAAAAGACAGCUGCAUUAGUGAGUAACCCGUGAAAUAAAUGGAGUCUAUGUGUUCCUGUCUGUAGGUGAAAUCCACCCGUAUGCAGAGAGCUAGCACAAGCCUUGGAACCACUUAAGUCACACGUAAGCCCUCAAGGAAUGAAUUGGUUCCUAUGCCUCCUACUGGCCCUCUUCAUGGGGUGGAUUUUACUCUGUGGGCAAAAUCCUUCAAGUCUUUAUUUACGUCCUAUUGAUUUCAGUGGGAUUACUUGGGUGAGGUAAGGACCGCUAUGUGAAUACAGACUUGAAAGACAGAGCCAGUUGAUCUGCACUCCAUUCCUAUUGCUAUCAACAGGAAUUGCACAUGCAUAAAGAGAGAAUACACUCCUAACAUUGAAAAUUCCAACGUAACCCAGGUUAGAAAUGCGGGGGAGGAGGAACGGACAUUUAGCCUUUAGACCUUUCAUACGCUGCAGAAAUAAAAUGUGAUUUUUCUUUUAGAACCUAAAUACAAUUACACUGUCAAAACCAUCCAUUAGUGAAUAAAGCAGGGGUGGGCAAACUUUUUGGCCCGAGGUCCACAUCUGGGUGGGGAAAUUGCUUGCAGGGCAGGGGGUUGGGGUGCGGUGUGUAGGAAGGGGCUCAGGGCAAGUGGUUGGGGCAGAGGAGGGGUGCAGGAUGUAUGAAGGGGCUCACGGAAGGGGGUUAGGGUACAGGAGGGAUGUGGAGUGCAGGAGGCGGGUCAGGUCGGGGUUGAAGUUCAGGAAGGGAGUUGGGGGUGCAGGAAGGCUGUGGGAUGCAGCAGGGGGCUCAGGGCAGGGAGUUGGAGUGCAGAAAGGGCGCAGGGUGCAGGUGGGGGCCCAGGGCAGGGAGAUGGGGUGCAGGAUGCAGGAGGGGUUCAGGCUCCGGCCCGGCGCCGCUUACCUAGAGAGGCUCUGGGGUGGCAGCGGGGCCAGGGCAGGCUCCCUGCCUGCGAGCCCCGGCCCCGCACUGCACCACUCUGGGAAGCAGCCGGCAUCAAGUCCCUGCACGGCCCUGGGGGGGGGGGGGAGGAGGACACAGGGCUCCGCAUGUUUCCCUCGCCUGUGGGUACCUCCCCAGAAGCUCCCAUUGGCCGUGGUAACCCGUUCCUGGCCAAUGGGAGCUUUGCGGAGAGGUACCCACAGGCAAAAGCAGGGUGCGGAGCUCUCUGCCGCCCCACCCCUACCCCCAGGGGCUGUAGGGACGUGGUGUGGCCGCUUCCCGGAGCAGCGGUGGCAAUCCUGCGGGCCGGAUCCAGCCCAUGGGCCAUAAUUUGCCUGGCCCUGGAAUAAAGUAACCUACAGCAUGUGUACACUCUGAUCCUUUAAAAUCCUUCCUGUCCUGCAGGGUCAAUUCCAUGGGAAAACAACUGAGCUCCUGUAAAACAAACAAGGGGAAAAGCCUCUCUCCUUGUAGGAAAGGUGGAAUGUUAAAGGUCCAGAGUUGCAAUUCCUGAUGACACUUAUGGGUAUUGGUAUUCUACUGUUGAGAAUAGCCCACUUCCACUUUAAUUGAAUUGUCUCGAUAGCACUGACCCCGCACUUGGUAAGGCAACUCCCAUCUUUUCAUGUACUGUGUAUAUAUACCUACUUACUGUAUUUUCCACUCCAUGCAUCUGAUGAAGUGGGUUUUAGCCCAGGAAAGCUUAUGCCCAAAUAAAUGUGUUAGUCUCUUAAGUACUCCUCGUUGUUUUUACUUAUGGGCAUGUUUCCCUUCGGUGCAUGCACAUGACUCCAGUUAAACUGAGCGGGAGUUACAUGCAAUCAUCAAAGGGAGAGGAUACUCCAUACUAAGCAAAGCACAACAUUGGAAACACCAGUGAUAAAUCUUUGAUAUCAUUAGAAAGGGUAUUUGGAGUAUUUGGUCUGCAGUAGCUGUGCUAACCUGCCAAGGAAUUUCUGGAAAUGUAAUAUGAUUUUGUUUGUUUUAGUCAUUGCCAUAAAUUAUUGUGUAUGGUUUUUGUUUCUUUACAAACAUCCGUGUCAAAUACAGGAAUUCAGUUAGAUCUGUGCUGUUAGUUAGGGAGACAUUUAGCUACAUUAAAAACUAAAAGACAGUAUAUAAAAGCCAAACCACUUUUUCCUUCAAUUCCCUAAACUUAGAAACUAUUUCAAAUGUUUAAAUGAAGUGUUAUACAAAAAUUGACACAGUAACCAUGUCUGAUUUCAUAUCAAUGAAUAGUGGUGCCAGUAAUGAUUGGUAAUUAAAUAGCCUUAUAAUGGAUUAUAGUCAUGCACUAAAGCCCUCCUGUUCAUAAGAAAAUCGAGAGGAGGGGGUGCUCUCGUGUUCUGAGCACAGGUGUGGGAUACAUGAACAUGUAUUCUGAUCCCAGGUCGAUCACUGACUCCCUCUGUGGCCUUGGGCAAGUUACUUAACCUCUCUGCCUCAGUUUCCCCAUCUGUAAAAUGGGGAUAAUAAUACUUACCUCCUUCACCAGGUAUUGUGAGGACUACUUAGUUAAUGUUUCUAAUGACUUUUAACAUGAAAAGUGUUAUGUAAUUGGAAGUAUUAUUAUAAUUUUUUAAUAAUAAAUAAAUCAGUUUAUUCAAUUCACAUGGUGUUGCUGGAUAUACCAUGCUAUUUAUACUUUUAUAUAACUUCAGUAAUUCUACUAAAACCAUUUAAAAGAAAUAACAUAUCUGUUUCUUGUAGGAUCUGGAGUACAGCUUAGCUCUUGUUAACUGAACUCGUAUCACAAUGUGAAGUGUUGCUUGCCAGUCAUGUAGAAGUCCGUUGCACUACCCAUUUUCCAACUACUGAGACUUCUUUGUGCAAUUUAGAAAAAUUUUAGCAGAAUUGAUUGUAGAGCAAAAUUCCAUAUGGCUAAAUAAAAUUGACAACCCAACUGGUUUCUAGUCACGCUCAGUUAUCUCUUUUAACAGGGGGAAGUGAUCUUUUGUUUGCAGUUUUCCCAUCAGUGAGGAUUUUGCUCAGCUGGUAAUUUAACUUGCAUCUGUGAGGUGCUGGGCUCCUGCUUCACCCAGCUCCAUGCUUAGCUACAGCGUCACAGAUAGUUCAACUUGCAGGGGAAACAGCCCCAGACACUAUAUUUUUCUUCUAUCUGUGAUGACUGGCUAAAAAUUCUGUAAUGUUUAUAAAUCAUUUUAAGGAUAGAAAUGCAAAAGCAAUAGCAACAACAUUGAUCAUGUUGCAGGCCUUAGCCUGCUUCCAUUGAAGCCAUAGAGCUGGAUUUCACUCUGGUUUAUGACUGGUGUAACUUCAUUCACUCAUUUUUAACGUCCCCUGAAGUCCAGUGAUGCAAGGGCACAAUCCCGCUGCAAGUAAACUCAGGACGUUUUUCUAUUGACUUCGAUGGGAGUCAGAAUAGGUGGUAGGUGAGAUCCAAAUCUGUUGCCCUUUUAUGUCAAUGGGCGCAGACUGGGCCAUAUAUUAAUUUUUGAUUAGAAGGACCUGUCGUGAAAUCUUCAGCUAAUAGCAAGUUAUUUUUUAUAAUUUAUAAAUAGGUGAAAGAAACAGAUUUUGAGAACAAUAAUCUUUGUUUUUUAAUCUUUAUGAGCCCCCAUUAUUAUUUUUUUUUUUUUAAGAAAAAAAGAAUAAUUUGAAUUGAUAAAGUAACAAACUGUUGGGUUUUUUUCCCGGUUGAACAAUUGUGCAGAAUCAGCAUUAUUUGCGCCCUUGCCUGUAGGGCUCAGUCUUGCUGGUCACUCUGGCUCUGAUCCAGCCAAGCGCUUCAUGGUACUUUACUUUAAGCACAUGAGUAAUCCCACUGGAGUUAGAACUACUCACAGGCUUGUAGCUCAGAAUGUGCUUCAGUACUGUACUGGAUCCAGGGUCAUCGUGCUCCACACCUUGCAGAACCGAGCCGUUAGCCCCGUUCAGUAAAGCAUGUAAUCAUAUGCUUAAGUCCAUCUGUGCUUAACUUCCAGCAGCACAUGCUUAAGACCCAUUGAAGUCAGUGGGACUUAAACGCAUGCUUGAGUGUUUUGCUGAAUUGGAGCCUUAGUGAGCAUUCUUGCUGUAAGGCGAAGAUUUAACACUGCCAAUUUAUUUCCCCAGAAAGAGUUUCAAAUGUAUUCUCUUCUUUGAGUUACGAGAAUGAAUGUAAAAGCUUAAAAAUGCAGCUCACAAUACUUGUACUUUUAGCAAGAUAAUGUCUGUCUUUUAUAGAAUACGCCUGAAACAUUUGAAAUCAUUGCAUUUGUUGUGUUAACAUUCUUUUAUUUUUUUAUCAAGGAAUAAUAUCACCUUGAAAUCAUUAACAGUGAAGGAUAUCAUUUUAAGACACAAACUUUGUUUUUAUAAAGAGGAGAACAUUAUUUUCUUAUUAUUUAAUUGCAAGAUACUAUAGGAAAAUGUGGAGAGGUGAUUCAUUUCUUAAAAAAUAUUGGAAGAAUAGCUGGCAAGAUUGAUGUAUAAAUUACUGCAUUGUUUUUUCUUAGUUCUUUAACCUUUAAUCUUUGUUUGCAUGAUAUGCUUUUGUUAAAUAUUAAUUGUAGUUUGAAAGCAAGUGUGUCUGAAUAAAGAUGCUUGAUCAUU